UUAACAGCGUGCCGGAAGCUUGAUUUUUGUUGUUUUGUACAGACCUACAUUAUAUCAUUAUAGCGUCUUAUUAUUUUUAGUUUAGGAAUAAAAGGUGCCACGUCGCACCACAUGAAUAGCUAACGUUGGGUAGCCAGCUAAACCUACUUGCCUGUGGUUGCACAUUGACGUCUCACCGUUCAUUUUUGUAUCCUAUACUACUAGAACUAGCCGCGACGUUGACAAGCCAGUUUACCAUGUCUCAAACGUAAAUCUAGGUAGCUAUUGCUGUUAACUCUAUCGUUGUUGCAGUGUUAUCUAUACUGUUUGCGUGGGGAAUUUAAAACAUAUAUGUAUCGUACUCGAUCAAGAAAGUGAAGUCAAAUUAAUUUUUAUUGUCCCUACUGUCAUUUUUGAGACCAGCGCGCUAACUCUGCAUGUAUAACUAUAUGGGGGCACAUAUUUGGUGGGGCAACACUAGGGGAGCAAACCCUUGUGUGUGAUUGGAAUAGGAAGUGCCACGUGCAGCUCCGCCCGCCCACGCUCUUGGAAUAUUACUCUUUGAACCAUUUCAUUUGUUCAUCUACUUUGACUUCUCUCCUAACCAGAUUUGCCAAAGACAAGACAGGAUGGCCCUGGGCAGCUUUGACAUCGACGCCCCCCGCUGGGACCAGUCCACCUUCAUGGGGCGGCUCAAGCACUUCUUCAACAUCACCGACUGGCGCACUGCCCUGCUGCCCGACGCCAAGCUGGACGAGGCCAAGGCCCUGGUCGACAGUUGCAGGGCGGGAACACUGCCCCCUGGCACCACCGAGGAGCAGCUGCACUACGCGAAGAAGCUGUACGACUCGGCCUUCCACCCCGACACGGGCGACCGCAUGAACCUCAUCGGCAGGAUGUCCUUCCAGGUGCCUGGUGGAAUGGCCAUCACCGGCUUCAUGCUGCAGUUCUACAGGACGGUUCCAGCUGUGGUGUUCUGGCAGUGGGUCAACCAGUCCUUCAACGCCCUGGUCAAUUACACCAACCGCAACGCUGCCUCUCCCAUCACCCCCAAACAAAUUGGGGUGGCAUAUGUAACAGCCACCAGCACUGCCCUGGCCACAGCUGUUGGACUGAACCUGUACACCAAGAAAGCGCCCCCUCUGGUGGCUCGAUGGGUUCCCUUUGCCGCUGUGGCUGCUGCCAACUGCGUCAACAUCCCCAUGAUGAGGCAGCAGGAGAUCCUCAGUGGCAUUGCUGUCACAGACGAGAACGGGAACAAGCUGGGGCACUCCCGGAGAGCAGCUGUGAAGGGCAUCACACAGGUGGUCAUCUCUCGCGUAACCAUGGCAGCCCCAGGCAUGAUCAUCCUGCCCAUUAUAAUGCAGAGACUGGAGAGAUACAAAUGGAUGCAGAGAAUAACAUUUCUCCAUGGACCAUUGCAAGUGAUGAUGGUGGGAGUCUUCCUCGUCUUCAUGGUGCCUGCUGCCUGCUCUCUAUUUCCCCAGAGAUGCUCGAUGGCCGUCGCUAAUCUGGAGCCUGAGCUAAGGAAUUCCAUCGUCUCCCAGUAUGGCGAAGGCAUCCGCUAUGUCUACUUCAACAAGGGUCUAUGAACUCCUCUCUUCAGGCUUCAAUACCUGGCAGGAUGUGUGGGAUAUGUCCCUUUUGUUACUGGAGCAAAUGGUAGCAGGGUCCUAUAAUGGGGCCAAUCAAAAUGGACGCGUAUUGGGGGAGGGGCUGUCACACAAAAGCUUCUGCUUUGAUUCAGCAUUGUCAGGGCACUGAAAAUACGUACAGGUAAAGGGGUUUUGGGAUACACCAAGCACACACUGAGAACAGUGCUGUUCAGGGCUGGUUAAAAAUGCUUGCUGUGUCCAGAAACCAAGAAUAUGGUUGUUAAUGAUUUUUGAAUCUUGUACGAAAGGUUUAAAAUGAAUUUAUAUCAGGAAUAUUAAAUUAGUCAACCAAGUACGUUUAGUUUUUUAGAGACCCUGGGUGCCUUUAAAAUUUUCUUGUUUUAUAAUGUAUGCUGCAUGUCUUUGUGCGUUACAGUUGUGAGGAAAGCCAUUAUAAGCUCAUCUAAUGCCACUUUUGUGUAGAAUCAGGAGUGGUUGAGCUGCUGUGUUUAUUGUAUAUUGGCAGCUGCUAUUGCCAUGUCAUUGCCAAGGAAAUAAUUGGGGGCAACUCAGUGUUUAAAAUGGAUCCGGCCAGACGGUGCGGUCUCACAUGCUCCCCCUAGAGGCCGCGUUUGGUUCCUGCCGACUGAUCACAAAGUGCUUAAGAGGAUCAGAUAUUUGCCUUGGAUUACGUAAUGCUGAAAUCAAACACUUUCCCAGAUCUCAUAAUGGAUCAUGCUGAUAUAUGCAAGAAAAUGACCUCUUUCUUCCCUUCCAAGAAUUCCAAUUAUAUAACCUGAGGAACUGUGUACAAUUUAUGUGACCUACCAAUGAAAAUUAAAGGUGAGGCUCCUGCUGGAGUACACAAUGACCUCAUGUGCAGCCAUGGAAACGGCCUACUAGAUGGAUGAGCCGUCAGUGGUUGUGACAACACGGUGCUGCUAGAAGACAGGCCUCACCUGUUUAAACAUAAUAUAAUCCCUGGUUAAGGUAGGGGCCUGGUAGAGGGGAACACCUCCUGUAUCCCUGACACAGGCAUCACAGGACUACUGCAGUGCUCUUCAGAUGGGGGGUGGUGGCAGAAGACAAAAAUAAAAACUAGUCUCAUUAUCAGCCAACUGAAAGAGGGUCUUGGGGUGUUUGUGACAUCACAAAGCAGAUUAUUGGAAUAUCUGACUUUAUGGGGAUGAAAGAUCACACCACAUGAGGUUACUUCCUUCAGGACGUGACAUAACCUCUACCAAGUGUGCUUGCCGUGUCUACGGAUCAAAGUGUAACUGUAAGCCCUUCCUGUGAAGGUUAAGUGAAUUUAAAAAAAUAAGUUUGAAAACAGCACCAAAUUUUAUUCACAUAAUGUAUAUAAAUGUACAAGAUUGGCCUCCUGCUACCCAUCACCCAAUACCCAUCACCCAAACCUACCCCCCACCCACCAAUCCCUUACAUCUGUGCUGUACCCUUAUCUGAAACCACAAAGGAGCUCAAUAAUGAACAUGCUCUCCUUUGACUAUGCUGUUACAGUAAAAAAAAUAAAAACAAAGGCAUGCAAAACAUAUAUGUACAUACACACACAGCUGAAGUUGCACAGUAGCAACAAAAUGGAGACUGUCCUUUACAUUGCUACUAAAGAGCAGAACAGUGACCAUCUUGUGUGCUAUCUGCUCAGCCUAUAAAGAUUUCAUUUUUUCUCUUUAACUGCAGCUGAAAAUGGACUUUGCACUCCAAAUUGUAAAAUGUGUUAAAAUGUACAGGAAAAUGUUUUUAAAAAUGUAAACCACUUGAUCAGAGGUGCUUGGCUUCAACUAGAAAAACAACCAUCACUUCAAUUUUUCCUUCACUGAAGACCUUCAGCAUUCCAUGGCGUGGCUUGAGCUGCAUGUUAAAUAAGAAAUGUAUUAUUAUUACAAACACACACCCACACACAACUUACCGAAAAAUGAAUCCUAAUAACAAAACUUCCAAACUG